UUUUUUUUUUUUUUUUUUUUUGCCAAACUCAAAACUAAGUAAAGAAAGAGAAACGAAAGAGAAACCAGAAGAAAACCCGCGACUAUUCUAGCCGGCGACUCCAUUCGCAUCGGAUCAACGAAUCGAAUAGCAUGUUCGAGCAGCAAGGUGUGGGAAUAACCAAGUUCGAGAAAAGAAGCACUUGAAACCUGUGUUUUUGGCCAAUUUACCGAGAUAACAAGUAAUUUGCUGUUAUUGUAAUCACCUGGCAGCCUGGUGAUUGCGCAUCCCGGGAAGCGGCUACCACCAGGUCCGUGAAUACCUGGAAUACCCGUACCAGUCGUACCAGUCGUACCAGCCGUACCUACUUUGGCGCAAGCCUCAAGUGCAGCAGGGAAGAACGACGUCUUUAUCGCCGAUAACAAAUUGCCACUGCCACCAGCUGUACCAAAGGACAAUCACGCGCAAAAAGCACUUUAAGCUCAAAGUUUGCUAUUAUUGUUUCAAUCCUCAGAGGCGGAAAUCAACCGUCUAAACUUCUUUUUUAAUCACUUCGCAUUUUCCAUUCUACAUUCCUCAGCCGCAAAACCUAAAAAAAAGAAAUAAUGGCAUACAGAGUAUCACAACCUGAUCCAGAUCCCGCGCAAACCGCAUUUGCCAGCGCCGUCGACUUCUCCGACUACGGUAUCUUUAAUCGCCCAGUUUCCUUCGGACGACCAUCCACCCCAGCGAAUGCCACCCCCUUCAACCCGAAUCAGCAGGACUACUCGAGUUACCAGUUCCCCUCUCUACCCUCCCUACUGAACGAGCGCCAAUUCUCCGGCGGAUUUAAUUCCCCCCAGCGAGUCGAUUCCUACGUACCUUGCUAUUCACCUCACGAUCACAACCCGUCGGCCACCAACCAUUACAAUCACGGUCAAGGACGGUCUAGUCGGACGUCUACUAGGCCAGAAUUUGCGUUCCCCGCGUUAGAUUCGAGUAUACGGCGGUUACCUCGCUCGGCGGUUAAUUCCCAUACCGACACCCACACCGGUGUUGCCCCACCGCGAGCUCAGGGACAGAGGCCGUCGUCAUCUAACAUUAACAAUAUUCAUGCACAACUUCCUCCGCCGAAUAUACCAGCUGCCGAGGCGAACGGUGACGAUUACUACCUUUCUGCCUUAGCUGACGGCGAUUUUUCUUCGCCGUCACUUCCUCCUAUCAACAGCAGUCCUCUCCCGCCUACUCGACUGCAUAUUUCCCACCUACCUAAACCUCUCGAAGUCGGAGAAGCAAUGCCAACAGCCGGUCCUCGUUGCCCGAGAAGUAACAAAGGACACCUUGUCGACCUGACUAAGGAGGAGCCGGAUUUCGAUUCAUUCUCGGGAAUCGACCCUACAACACCCGCCAUGCCUCCCAGAAAGCGAGCCGCCGCCGGCGCAAAUAGCGAUUCGGCUUCCAAGAGACGGCGAACAUCUCAAUCUUCCCUUCAGAACUCCGGCCGGGCGAGCAGAUUAAAAUGGAAGCCAAAUGACCAAGAUCCGUUUGUCGACGAUGGUUGCGGUGGACCCGCCAACGAUGACGGCCAUGAAACUAUUGAUUUAUCUAAUGCCGCUGAAGUCCCAUCGGAGUUUAUGGCUCCCAAAGCUGACAACCGCAUCAAGAUUGGCAAAUUUCAAUGUGUCAUUUGCAUGGAUGACACCUCUUACUUGACCGUCACACAUUGCGGUCACCUAUUCUGCUCCGAAUGCCUACAUUCAGCCCUUCAUAUCGACAACAUGAGAAAGACCUGCCCUGUCUGCCGAACGAAAGUCGACCCCAAGGACAAGAAGGGCAAAAAUCAAAAGUCGUACUACCAUCUCGAACUAAAGAUCAUGACUGCCAACAAGAAGGGAAAGCGGCCAGCUGUUUCUUCGUGACGUAGUUGAGCACAUGACAGGGAUUAUGCUACUUCACCGUCCGACUGACGUGGUGCAGACGCAGUUCAGACGAGAAGUGGGACGAAUCAGGGUUAGGCAGGGUAGUCUUCUAUUGGACGGCAGCAAGUCGUGAGAUUCCAGCCUUGCGCAUGGUUUUAAUAGAGGCGUUCUAGUAUAUUAUUGAGAAGCUGUCUAAGAGGAGGGUUUUAUUUUUCUUUUUGCCGGCCCAAGCGGGAACGGACAGGGACACAUACGGACAGGUACGCGGCAGGUACAAGGCGGGCGUGAAUUUCUGCAUGGAAGGGGAGUUGGGAUUCAUACAUCCACGGCAUGAUACCCCAUCAUUUUCUCGUCUCAAACCGGGUUGGGAUGUGGCUUGCUUUCUUUUUGCAUCUGGCUGAGAUCUGACUGAGAUCCUGGCAACAAGAAUAGGAAUAAUCUUAUAGAGAGCAAGCAAGCAUAGGUACUACAUAGGAUCCAUAAGAGACCGAUGCUUUUUUUUCCAGCAUGGCCCGGCUCUAAUUAAUACAAAUGGAUUAUUAUUAUUA